AUGGCUUGGCUACCUGCCUUAUUGAUGACUUUAAUACAAGUUGGAUAUGCAGGUAUGAACCUGCUAUCCAAAUUGGCUAUGAACAGUGGCAUGAACCCCUUCGUUCAUGUCGCAUAUCGGCAAACGUUUGCUGCAUUAGUCAUGUGCCUGAUUGCCUUUUUCAUGGAAAAAAACACUAGACCCCCCAUGACACGUUCCACAUUCUUCAAAAUCUUCCUGUGUUCAAUUUUCGGGGGGUCACUUAACCAAAUUACAUAUAUUGUUGGCUUACAACAUUGCAACCCCACUGUUGCUUCUGCAUUAACAAAUUUAAUGCCUGCUUUCACCUUCAUCCUCGCUAUCAUCACCGGACACGAAAGGGUCAGACUUACAAGCGUCGGGAUAGCAAAGCUGCUCGGUACUGUACUCAGUAUCGGAGGUGCCAUGAUAUUGUCAUCUUACCAUGGUCCAGCAGUACCCAUUGGCCAGCCAAAGUUUCAGUGGAAACUUUUAGAGGGCAUCACACACAACGGUACUGGUACUGGCACCAGCAACAGCUACUUAGGCCCUCUGCUAGUCAUGACCAGUGCGCUGUCCUGGUCUAUAUGGUCAGUCAUCCAGGCCAGAGUCAACCAUGACUAUGCAGCCACCUAUUCAAGCACAGCAUUGAUGUGCUUCAUGGCCAGCUGCAUGUGUUUGGUUAUCGGAUUUUCCGUUGACCACAAACAAGCUGACUGGUCGUUGAUGAGUGGCAUUAGAGUUAUGUCCGCUGCUUACUCGGGUGUUUUCUGCUCGGCUCUGUCAUACUUUGUGAUGAGCUGGUGCAUUCGGAAGAAGGGACCCUUUUUUGUGUCCAUAUUCAAUCCCCUACCAAUCAUAAUUGUUGCCGUCCUCAGCUGGCUCCUACUUGGAGAAAAAAUAUUCACCGGCACAAUUGUAGGAUCAACCUUGAUAAUCUUGGGGCUGCUUAUGGUGCUGUGGGGCAAUUGGGUGGAGUCUCAAGAAAAUUUGAACAAUUUGCCUGUAGAUUCUGUCUAG